AUGUCUAAACGAACGGAAUGGAUAAAGGAAUUAAAUGAACUUGAUUGUCUCAACGUGGAAUUUUGUGAGGCAUUAACAGCAUCUUAUAACUUAAGUGAUUUUUUUCCUGAUCAACCUUAUUUGGUAAAGAUCUUUGAAAACUAUCGAAGUAAAAAACUAAAUGAUUUAACGCUAUUCUGGUCUUCUGAAUCAAAAUUAUAUGACAAAGAUAAAAUGGAAUAUACUAAUUUAAAGUUGUAUGGUAUUUUACGUGGAAAUUCAGUAUCUCAUAAAUCCGGUUAUAUAAAACCUGUUAGAGAAGCUUUUGAUUUUGUUGAACGUUAUUAUAGAGAACAAUUUAUUGAUAAUAAUAACAAAUUUUCUACUACAUGCAUGGAAAGUUUAACUACUGCUAAACUAAUUUCCGAAUUAGAAAUGUCGUCGAAAUUCAUCUCAUCUGAUGAAGAUCGUCCGUUGACAGACUUCGCUUUUUUUGAACCAAAUUCAAUAAAAGCGAAAGAAAUACAUCCUAACUUAAUAUGUGGUUUCAAUGGAGUAUAUAAGUUGCAGCGAUCAACAGUGAGACAAAACAAUAAUAUUCACGAUCGAAGCCUAACCGUCUUAAUACCAACUACUGGGGAUCGUUGGCCACAAUUAUUGGAGCAUUUCUACGAUGCACAUCAGACGAAUGGUUUAUAUGAAAGAUUUCUAUAUUGGGUCAUUAGUAAGAAGAACUUUGUUGAAGAAAAGCAUGAUAUGAAAAACAACUUACCAUCACUCGAGUAUCUAUUUAUUACCCGUAUGGAAAUCGGUCACCGCAUAUAUAUUUAUGAUGAAGAUACAUCAGCUUAUCUAAAACCAAUCUUAUCGGCGAUGCGAAGCAAUCACAGUUGUGAUGAAAUUUCAACAACUAUUCCAUCUAAUAAACGAGCAGAGGCAUGUCAACGGCGUAGCGCUGAUUUAAUCGAACGCAUUGCGGUUAUUUUUCAGAAUCUUUUUGAUACAGUAAUGGUUUUGCAAGACAUUGAUUCAAUCGAUUUUCAUCGUAUUCAAAAGCAUACUUUUGAAAAAAUUAAGGCCAAUGUUGAUCGUAAUUUCUAUCAACAAAAAGAUAAUAGUGAUAUUCAUACAGAAAGUGGCUUAUAUCCUGAUCAUAUUGACUUGAAAGACUUACCUGAAGUUCAAAUAAAAAGUGUAUUGAAAUCACCAUUAUCUUCGAUGAAAGUUACAUUGUCAGCAGCCAAAGCAGCUGUUUAUUUUUUUGAUAAACUUUUAUUACCACAGUCAAUAAAAUUAUUUAACACUGAUACAAAUGUAGCUAAAAAUAAUACCAUUAACGAAUUAAAAAUAAUUGAACAUCAUGUCAAUUGCUUCUCGAUUAGUGAUCUUACUCAUAGUGGUGUAUUUCAUAAUCAUAAAAGAAAUAAGAUUGAUGUAAAGGAAGUCUUAUCGAAUUUGGAAAAGAAAUCGUUCAUUAAGAGAGGCAAAUAUAUUAAAGCUGGAUCACGAGCAAUUGAAAGUUGGAUUAAGCAAUUGCCUGAUCCAUCCAAUGAUGAACAAAUCUUAUGUUUUCAAAAUGAAUUGCAUUACAACUACGAAAUAACACUGAAACAAUAUUUAGAUACAUAUACUAAAAGCAUUGAUUGCAACAGUACAACGUUGUGUCAAAGUGGCAAAGAACUUUUAGAAACACAAAGAUUAUGGAUUAGUCUAUUGAAAGAAAAACUAAAUGGGUUUGAUUUCGAUUUAACCUUUUCAAAUAUAACUAAUCGUUGUUCUACAACAAACGUGAUGAUUAAAGAUAGUUUAUUAGCGAAAGAAAAUGAUUUAUAUGAUAUUCUGGAUUGUAUCAAUUACAAUCCAUAUGACUUACCAGUAUUAUCUUUCGAUCAACUUGAUACUAUUGGCAAAAUUCAGCAGAAUGAUGUUGUGAUCGAAAGUACUGAACGACAACAAUCUUUGAUUUCUAACAAAUUUGAUGAUCAAUACUCAAGCUCAUCUCGAGGAUUGUACAGCGAUCAAAUACAAAACGAUAUUGUGAUUCAUGAUAUUUUGUCUGAUAUAAUCACACAAGUAGCAAAUUCUUUGAAUUCCAUUACAGCGACAAAUGUUACUUUAGUAACAAAACAACAAAUUGUUCCGAUUCACAAUGAAAAUAAAAUUAGCAUUGUAAGAAAUCCACUUGUGUCCGAGGGCAUGAAACUUUUGUGUAAAAAGAUUUUACUGGUUGAAAGUGUUAUUCUGUCAAACACUAAAUUGAAUAGAACGUGUAAAACAAACAUGAUUGAUGUUCAUAAAGCAUGCCAAAUCUUGAUUGAUCAUGGCUUAUUAACCAUUGAAGAUAAAAUGCUUGCAAACAAAUCCAGCUACUGCGAUGCUUAUCUCAAGCAAGUUCCACAAUCUGUUGCAGAUAUGAUUGAAUUUACAUUAUUAUUAGCCCAAUUCGGAAUAUAUAAUUUGGAUACCUACUAUUCAACUUUAAAAACUGUUGAUACACGAAACAAUACAUAUGUUACUUCAUAUGGUCUAUCAAUUUUUAAAGCCAAGCCAUAUGCUAAUCUCGAAAUUAUCGUUAAUGAAAACGAAAUUAUUGAUCCCUCAACAUCAAAUCAUCGUAAAUUAUUUAGCGCUUCAACAGAAAUAACUCAACUCGACGACGAAAAGUCAUCGUCCAUGGAGUGUAAUGAAACAAUGGAUUCUGAACAACCAGAAUUGACAAAUUCCAAUAGAAAAUCUAAGAGAUGGCGUAACCUUACCAAUGCAGGGAAAGAAUACCAAGCACAACGAUCAAAAUUGAAGAAAAAAAAGAACGUUUUACCAUGA